GGUAUCAAUACUGUCCGGAUACCUCUCGGUUUCUGGAUCGUGGAGCAGAUCGUUAACAGGGAGACCGAAUUUUACGCGGAGGGAGGUAUCGUAUACCUCCAAUCAGGGCUCAAGAUGCUCAGCGACGCUGGAAUUCAGGUCAUCCUCGAUCACCACGCGUUGCCCGGAGUACAGACCAGUGACCAGUCAUUUACCGGAAACUGUACGGACAAUGUCCAGUUCUACGCGAGUCCGACUGCCUACAACUACGAGCGUGCGCUAAUUUGGACGGCGGUCAUGACGACCCUUGCACAUCUCGAUCCGAACUUCAACACAGUCUUCGCCAUCGAGGCGGUCAACGAGCCCAUCAUGGACGCAGACGAGACUCCCGGGUACGGCUAUUUCCAGAAGAACUUCGUGGACACAGUGCGCGCGGUCGAACUCACAUUGGGCAUCCCCGAUCCAGGACUGACGCUUGACACGUCAAUCACAACGACCAACUUCACCGCAGCGCUCGGCCAGGUCGCCAGCACGACGACGAUCUUCAACACGAACGUCACCGAGGCGCUCGCCGCUGCGACACCGAUCCUGCUCGAGCUCGCGAUGCAGCUGUCCAUCCCGGCCAUCCUGGACACGAGCCUGGCAUCAGGCAUAGCAUCGCGCAGCACGCUGUGGACAACAUUCAUGGACGUCGACUGGCAGUACGACGACCCACCGAACCCUGCAGAUGCUGCUAUUGGGCCGCAGGGCUAUGACAAUCACCUCUACUACAGCUUCGGUGGCGUCGCUGACGCGAAUCCGACUGCCUACAUGGAGAGCAUCUGCAACCUGGACAGAGUGCAGGCGGAUGCCGUACAAGGCGACACACCGCUGUGGUUUGGAGAGUGGGGCCUUCCGACGCAGUUUGAUGCAACGGAUGCGUUCCUGUACAUGUGGGCGGACGCGCAAAAGC